UCUGAAAUAUAAAGGUCCGGCCCACACGAUUACCAUCUUCUGGUGGCUCAGUGAGUUGGUCUGUUAUAGCUUCAGACUCUCUCUCUCUCUCUCUCUCUCUCUCUCUGUAUCGUUUUUUGGAAGAAGACGAAGAAGAAGAAGAAGUCAGAGGCAAAUUCCAGAACGAUGGUGGAAAAUGGAACAACUUCAAUGGUGUCUUCAUUACUUUUUCUACUAUUCUUUUACUUUCCUUACUCUACGAUGGCUUACAGGCCUGGCGACAUAGUUUCCAUGAGCAAGAUGGGUCAAUACCACUCUUCUAGAACUGUAUGGCAAGACGUGAUCGGUCGCCAUUGCCCAAUCUUCGGCGUCAAUCGUGAGGUUCUGGUUCCUAUACAGAAGCCCACGGGUUACACUGGUGCUGAUCCGUACAAAAUAUCAUUUCAAGUUGGAAGAGAGAAGUUUUUGAUUCCGUGGCUUCUUGUGGUAAACCGUAAGAGUUCAGAGGUUCCAAUGAUUGAUGUGAAUUUGAGGUACUCGGGAGGCGAUUUGCUUGGUGUCACUGCUAAAGUAGUGGAUAUGCCUCACCACUACACUGAGGUUCAUCCAAACAUCCGUCAACAAUUCUGGGAUUCUCAACACUGGCCCAAGCAUGUACUUGUCAGAUAUACAUGGGAGGAGCAAUCAGAGAUAGAUGUGACUUCUGGAUUUUACGCUCUCUUUGGAUCAGGUCUCAUUCUUUCUUUUAUACUCUCCAUCUACAUUUUGCAAUCAUCCCAGGACAAGUUGGCAAGGUUUGUGAAGGAAACUGUAGCAGAGAACAACAUGCCUGCUGGAGGCAUCGCAAAGGUCGAAUGAAUGAUACAACUCCUCGAAAAUGAAAAGGUUGGUUUUCAUCUGAAAAUCUGUUAUGUAUAACUAUUGAGGAAAUGAAAUCGAUUGAAGGAAGAAGUUCUUGCUAUAUUAGAGGUCAAAAAGAAAGGGAAUUACAUAGGAGUUACACAUGGGUGGACAGAGUUAUAAAAACGAACUAAUUAGAGCUGAUAGGCUGCUUUACUGUAAGAGUUUCGCCGAAUUUGGACUGACCCUCUGUUGUGUGUAAACUUCCUCAGAAUAGAGCUAAUGGGAUUGGGGUAGAUUUGUAAUGUACCAAACAUAUACAUGACAUGGAAAAUUUGUGUUCACUAUGGGUGGAAAUAUGGUAGUAUAAUGUCAAUUGAGGUUCAUUGGGAACUAGUGAUCUUCCUUUAAUUUGCCUUAAAAUUAUAUAAAUUUUUUAAUGUCUUAGUGCUA